GUAUACAUAGUAUUAAGAUAACAUCAGAUUGUUUGGUAUUUUAAAAUUAGUUAUCACGAGUUUUUGUAAUGCCUGAGAUGAAAUAUUUGUUGAAUAAAUCAACAGGGCUAUAUGUUGACUAUCAAGACUGGUCAACAACAGUCGACAAUCCUUAUUGCCCCCAAUCGCCAGACGCACUACAUCUACACGGCCAAUCACCCCGGCGGCCGCUACGAAAUGACAGUGACAGCUUUUUCACCGACCGGAAGAGGAGAAACAUCGGCGCCAAUAUCCACUGUAUCCGGUAAACUUUAUUGUAGUUCAGAUUGUAGAUAUGUAAUGGCUUUUUAUAUAUUUUUCGAUUUCCUUUACGUUUUGUUUGUUUCAGCGUGUGGAUACGAUAUUGUUCUUCCACCAAAUGGAAUAAUACAUUCCCUUCACUCGCCAUAUUUUCUCAAGAAGUUCUACGAACCUGAUGUUGCGUGCCAAUGGAAUAUCAGAGCGUCAGAAGGUCAAAGGUUGAAAGUACAUUUUGAUGCAAUAAAUCUGGCAGAUAACACGUUAGCAUGUAUGGAAGAUUACGUCAUGAUAAACGAAGAUCGUUUCUGCAGAAAUGUUUCCACUGGUGGAUAUUACAUCACAAACAAAACGGAUGCCAAAAUAAUUUUCAAAUCAUCGCUUGGAAUUACCGUUAAACCUGGCGGAUUCAACAUAUCGAUUGAAGCUAUAGAUGUCAUGCCUACAGUAACGCAAGUGGUUAAUUCCCCUGGGUUGAUAAGACUGAACUGGGUCCCACCAGAAAGCAUGAAGAAUACGUCAUACAAGUACGCCCUAAAAUAUAGGGUUCUACCAGAGCUGAAUCAAAAGGUGCUUAGGUUAGGACCGAGUAUACACCAGUUCGUGAUUCCAACAGGUGGCGAUAUAGGACGACAGUACGAGCUAGAGUUAUCCAUCAUUACAAAAGAGGAGGAGGGACGACCCAUCAAGUACACUGUGAGAUCUGCUUGUGGCCAUAAUGUGACGGUGGAUCAUACAGGGAUAAUUCACAAUCCGUCAUCGUUUGGUUUAUAUCAACCGGACGUACUAUGUGAAUGGUACAUUACUGCAUUUCAAGGACAGUAUUUCCAAUUAAGAAUCUCGACUUUAGAAUUGGAAUCGUCACAAAACUGUGAAAAUGAUUUUCUGGCUAUCAAUUCACAGAAAUAUUGUAAUACCUCUGAUAUACCUGUAAGUGCACUCAUAUUUAACGACACCGUCAGGGUGAGUUUUCACUCAAAUGGUUCAGUGCAGAGAAGAGGAUUUUCAUUGCGAUAUGAAAUGGUUUGUACAGCUAUUUUUUUUUUAAAAAUUAUAUCUUUUGAAUAGUUUGACAUUUAUAUUUCGUGUAUUAGAAUAUUUCGUACUAAAAAAAGAUAAUACCAACGUUUGAGACGCUGAAUUCGUUAUAUGGCAAUUUUUGAAUUCCUACUGGCACUGAACACAAUGCAUAGUAGCAAUAACAACGACCUCUAAAGAUUAAGACAGACAAAACGCUACUUCAAUACUCCAAAAUAAUGCACUACUUCAAUACUCUAAAAUAUUGCACUAUUUUAAUGCUCCAAAAUAUUGCACUACUUCAAUACUCCAAAAUAAUGCACUACUUCAAUACUCUAAAAUAUUGAACUACUUCAA